AUGAUUAGAAAAUUAUCUACAAAGGUCGACGCAUUAGAGAGUAAGAAAAUUCCACAAGAGGAUACCCAUCAAUUCUAUCAAAGAAGGACUGACCAACCACCAUCAACUUGGUUCAGCAGAGGUAGACCAAGAGAUUCUGAACUGCCGUCAGACUUGGAGGAAUUUAUCCUGGUAGAUGAGGCUGAUUCAGACCAAGACGAAUCUACAGUACUGGCCAACACAUCAUUGCCUCAGGUAUUUGAUGCCCAUUUCCACCUAGACCGUUCACUUAGGGCAGUCUGGGGGAGGUCUGGAGGACGUACUGUAGAGGAAUUACUGCAAUACAGCUUCUCCAGUGAUGUUUCCUAUAAGCCAGCCAUCAAAGUAGACGUAGUUGGGGGAAUUAUUGUAUAUAGUGAACCCAAGUCCUAUCCAGAGGUAAACUUCACCUUACAAGGUCCCUGGAAAGUGGCUAUUGGAGUUCAUCCCAAGCAUUAUGAUACCCUCACCGUCGAAAAAACGAUGAAGAUGCAACAACUCCUAGAUCAUCCUAAAGUAGUGGCAUUGGGGGAAUGCGGCCUGGACAGAACCAUUGCUCCUUCCCAGUGGUGGAGACAAGAAGAAGUGUUUGUUAGGCUUCUGAAGUUAUCAAAAGUCGAGCAGCCCCUUGUUCUCCACCUCAGAGGACCAAGAGGAGACACUUAUUCCUCAGAUGUUCAUGGCCGUUGCCUCAUGUUAAUGGAGGAUAUCUGUGACCCAGAACAGAAAAUCCAUGUACACUGCUUCAUGGGAAGAGCUGACGUGGUGAGGACUUGGCUGCGGAAAUUUCCAAACACAUACUUUGGAGUGACAGCUGCCGUCCGAGCCUUUGACCGUGAACAGCUGGAAGGGUUACAGGCUAUCCCUCAUAAUAAGCUGCUCCUGGAGACCGAUGCGCCCUACUUUCCUUUAGGAGGUGCCAUCGUGAGUACUCCAGCUUAUUUGGGAGAAGUAGCAGCUUAUUUAUCCGUCCAUUUGAACAUGCGCCCCCCAGAGCUGAUGAGAACAACCGUCAUGAAUGCACGGAAGCUCUACGGAUGUUAAAACAGAGAAGACUGGUGACCAAGUGCAUGCCGCUUUAUUAGUGUGCUGAAGAUAUCUAAUGUUUAUUUUAAAGAUGCCUUCAUGCCGCUAUAAAGUGUGCUGACAGUGAUACAUUCAGUCUCCAUUGCAUCAAAUUUCUCGAACAGCUCCAGAUGUGAUGAUGUCUUUUGUGUUCUACUUUAUCAUCGCUGGAUGUUAUUAUGUGUUCCAUAUUCUGCUUCUCGACGCUGGAUGUGAUACGCUAUUUUAUAUUCUUAUAUGGCCAUGUUAACAGUAAUUCAGUUUUUGUUGUUUGUAUAAUUGUUUUAAAAAUUUUUUGGCCAUUAUAGUAUCCAAUAGGUUUUGUUAUAAAGUAAUAUUUUGUAUAUUAAAUUAAUAUUGAAAAUUUAAAUAACUCAAAUACAGAACAUUCCAAUUGGAACGGGGAGGAGUGUUGUAAAGAAUUACCUAACGUACGACUUACUUAAGGACUUUCCCGAUUCUAAAAUUAGAUCAACAGAGACUCUCUUCCCGCCAGCCCGUGCAGAACUUUGCUUAUUGUAUUGUUAUAUAUUUGUA